AUGGAUGCGUAUGAGGAUAUCGACGAGCUUAAUGAUGAAACAUUUGGGGCAGCGGAAGAUGGUGAUUGGGAGUUGGAACAUGAACAGUUUGCUCUCGCUCAAGGCAGUACUGAACACGUCGCUCCAGAUGCGGACCAGUUACCUAAAUUCUGGGAAGCAUCCGAGGACGUGUCUUUCCUCUGGCAACCCGAAGCUCUAGAAAACUAUAAAAAUUUUUUCGAUGAUGAAGGAAAAGAACGAGGUGUUAAUGUUGAGGAGACACUACAGAAGCUUGUUUCUGAGGAUGAGGCAUUCGAAGAUCCUGCCAUCCUGGAUAUAUCGAAAAAAGUUUCGCAGCCCACGCUCAGUGGGUCCGCACUAGAUAAGCUCCUUGGGGCUCCGGCCUUUCCUGCUGCACCAGCCAACUUAUUCAGUUCAUCUAGAGAUAUUUGGAGUUCCAGUGACACCAUUACCAGUCAGCGUCAACCCCCAAGUCGGCCUGAACAAAAUUCAUCGUCUCAGAAUGCUUCUCUCAAUUUGAUGGAGUUGUUACACCACAUAGCCCAGGCAAAAGGCGCUUUGAGAGGGGCCGGAAAUGAGGUGCAUCAAAAAGUUCCAGACAUUUCAGCGUCGCACAAUUUAUCGUCUGGGACUGCAGAACUUCGUCCAUCUGCUCCGUCUUCUGUUGCAUCCACACGCAUUUCUCAUCCGGCAGGCCGAGAUAGGGUGAAUUUCGGUGGACCUUUAGAUACCCCAUCAAGUCUUUCUCUAACCGAUUUCAAAAAUGUUGCUGAUUCUUCACGACAAAACAUCACUCAUACGAAUGUAGGUGGUGUUCCAUGGUCUCAACAAACCGAAUCUUCGCUGCCCCAAAUUACGAACAACUUACUUCAGAAGCAGUUCGCGGACCCCUCACAGUUACCAAUUGGAAAAAGUAACUGUACUGCGAACGCGGUGCAGGCAAUAAACAACUUUGGACAGAAUAACACAUCGGACUAUGUUCGAGCCUCUGCAUUGCGUUUACUGCUAAUGCAAGCACAAGAUCCACGGAUUGUGGGAAGACCUCCUAACACGCUACCAGACCUGCGUUAUUUCCAACUGUUGCCACCACCAAACGUGCCUGCUUUGAUGCAGACACCCACACCGUUGCUUGGACCGCAACGUUUAAUUGGAUCUGGACAAGUCACUCAGGCCGCAACUCCUCUUUUUCCUGGAUCCCUUAAUCCAAACAUUGCGGCUUCUUUUUUGUUGCAACAACCCCCUAGUCGACGAGUUGUACCGUCCAACUUACUCCCGAUGCGUUCUGUGUCGACCGUUUUACCAAAUUCAGUGGCUGGCCAACAACAUCAAACAGCUACCAGGGAUGGUGGGCUUCCAGUCAGAGUUCCUAUUUCUCACACAUCUCUCGAGGUGGACGAGGAAUUUGACCCAAAUCAUGGUAGUUGGAUGUCUGACUACGAAUCCGUCGGCGUGUUACUGAUGCAUCUCCGUCCACUUGUGGUGUCCAAUCCAUAUGUACAGGUUUGUCUCCCUCGCAAAACUUAA